CCCGCCUCUGCCGUGGGUGAUGGGCGUGAUGCGCUCGGUGGGCGGUGCGGGCCGGGGGUUUCGGGGAUGAAGGCCGUGCAGCAGCUGAUGAAAGUGUUUGUGACCCGCCGGAUUCCCAAAGAUGGGCUGCAGGUUCUGUCCGAGUCCGGGAUUUGCAAUAUUCAACAAUGGGACUCAGAUGAGCCGGUUCCUAGGGAAGAGUUGCUGAAGGGGAUUGCAGGGGCACAUGGCCUGUACUGUAUGUUAUCAGACAAAAUCGAUCAUGAGGUUUUACAAGCAGCAGGACCAAAUUUGAAAGUCAUCAGCACAUUGUCCGUUGGAUUCGACCACCUCGCUAUAGAUGAAAUUAAAAAGCGGGGAAUCCGAGUGGGUUACACCCCUGAUAUCCUGACUGAUGCCACUGCUGAACUCGCUGUGGCCUUACUCCUGGCAACAUCCCGUCGACUGAUGGAGGCAGCUGAGGAAGUGAAAAAUGGUGGAUGGACCACAUGGAAACCCCUUUGGAUGUGUGGCUAUGGACUGUCUGGAAGCACUGUGGGAAUCGUGGGCUUAGGAAGAAUAGGCCUUGCAAUUGCACAGCGUCUGAAGCCAUUUGGAGUGAAGAAAUUCCUCUACACUGGACGUCAGCCUAGGCCUGAAGCUGCUAGCCAGAUUCAGGGUGAAUAUGUACCCCUGAAUACGUUAGCUGAAGAAUCUGACUUCAUCGUCAUAUCAUGUUCCUUCAGUCCCCAAACAAAGGAUAUGUGUAAUGCUGACCUGUUUUCCAAGAUGAAGAAGACAGCAAUUUUUAUCAAUACCAGCAGAGGGGCUGUAGUGAACCAGGAUGAUCUUUAUCAUGCUCUCUCCAGUGGUCAGAUUGCUGCAGCAGGGUUAGAUGUAACGGUCCCUGAGCCAUUACCCACUGAUCACCCUCUGCUGUCACUGAAAAACUGUGUUAUACUGCCUCACAUUGGAAGUGCCACUUAUGCAACCAGAAACACCAUGUCUGUACUAACAGCAAACAACCUCCUGGCAGGGCUCAGAGGAGAGCAAAUGCCAAGUGAACUCAAACUCUAACUGGAUUCACAUGGUCUAACAUUUGCAUAUUUACUUAUUUCAGAAUUUCUGUUCAGACAAUGACUUUUAAGAGGGAUACACUUGGAAGUUAGCCUUAAAAGUUUGAGUUUCAAUGUUGUCUAAAAAUCAAAAAGUGAAAUGGGUGUUUUAUAAUCAAUUUAACUCAAGAUCAUUCAACUUACUAUCCAUGGCAAGUAUUAAUUCUCCAUCAUACAGUGAUUAAGUUAUUCAUCUGUGCACAAUCAAUGUGGAAGGUUUGAAGGGGUACUAUGUAUCUUCUUAUGACUUUCAGUCUGAUGAACUGCCAUAUUGUAAUUUAAUCAGUCUUCAUGCUACUCAGUUUCUGGUAAACAGUUGAUAUUCUUUUCCAACAAUUCUAUCUAAUAUCAUAUUACAGGUGGUUUCUUUAAUUGCAAGUCAGAGGACACAUUGACUAAACUAGAGAGAAGAAAAAUGAAAAUGUUGACUAUUUCAAAUAUAUAGUUUAGAUUGCAGCCCUAUGACAAUGGUAUUAAAGGGUGUUCAUACAUGAACAGAGCUAAAGUCAUCCAGAUUUCAUAGACCUAACCUAAUCUUCAACUUUCAGCAGUCUGGUCUGCUGCUGGUCACUCUUAUUUGAUUGCUCUCCAGUCUUGAAUUUUGCAUUACUUUGUUUAUAAAUUUCUAUUUACUUUGAAUUCACUUUUACAAUUUGGCUAUGUCUUCACAACAAUCAACCUCACGCCAUCCAUGAGCUUUUAAAGAGCUUAAUUUGUGUCUCAUGUCUUGAGAAUGAAUUAUGGUCAGAAAGUAUGUUUUUCAAAAUAUUGUAUAAACACUCCUAUCAACAUUGCUUACUUGGCAGACAUUUGUACCGGAAGCAUUAAGUCUGACAACAUUAAAAAAGUUGAAUCUGAAA